AUGUCGGACGACUCACAAAUGUCCACCUCCACGCCUGUGUCUGCUGAACAAUCCCAGAGCAUUGCCGCCGCCCCUGCCGGUCCCCGUAGCGGCCGCGGUAUACAGCUCACAGCACGGCAAGAGGCCAUGCUCAUCGAGCUUUGCGAGCAACAAAAUGUGAGGGGUCGCUACGCUGAUGAACCGAAAGCGUUCUGGCGUUGGAUCUCCAACACUUUCAAGCAUCAUACUGGCCGUGACUAUUCCUGGCAGUCCUGUCGCCGUCGCAUGACCAAGUUUGAAGACGAGGCCCGUCCUCAGAACCCUCACGCUCCCUCGCCCAUCUCAUCCGUCGAAGCUGAGCCCUCUAGAGUUGAGCAGUCAGAAACCACCCCUGAGUACGACGAGGCCAGCGACGAGAGUGGCCAUGGCCACGACGAAGAGGAUGAUGACCUUCCACCAGUCUCAGUUUCUGUUGUCAGAAGCACUAAUCCUCCCGCCGGGCAUGAUCGUGAGAACGAUGCCGAUCUUCUCCAUUAUAAGCGUACCAUCAAUGAGGCUGUUAGAAACUUGGGGAUACUCCUGAGCUGUUACGGCCACAAGCUCAUCGAGGACAAGAAUGACCUGCGCAACCUUUACAACACACUUGAGCGCUUCGAUGAUGAUUUCAAUAAGGCACUGAAGAAGGAUAAGCGUGGGCAGGAGGAAGGCGGUCGGUGA